CCCUUGCUAGUUGCUUCCUAUAGUAAGCCUUGCUUCCUCUCGACCAAGGCUAGCUUUCGCAAUGGCGCCAUCGACCAAGCUCUUCCUCGUGCUCCUCGGCCUGAACUUGAUGGUCACCACUGUGCACGGUAGCUGUGAACCUCACUGCCCUACCCCGACCCCACCGUCUCCUCCAUCGACCAACGGCGGCUCAUGCCCUAUUGACACGCUGAAACUGCGUGUGUGCGCCAACGUGCUGAACCUGCUGAAGCUCGGGCUUGGCGUGCCGCUGAGCGAGCGGUGCUGCCCGCUGCUGGCCGGUCUGGCCGACCUGGACGCCGCGGUGUGCCUCUGCACCGCCAUCAAGGUCAAGGUCCUCGGCGUCAUCAACCUCAACGUCCCCGUCGACCUGGUGCUCCUGCUCAACCACUGCCACAAGACCUGCCCGCCCGGCUUCACCUGCCCGCACUGAUAGAUCAACGUACUCGUCCAAGCAUGGCAUGCUGCGUACAUAUGCCAUGCAUGCAGCUUCCUAUACACUACUCCAGUUUGUGUUUG